GCCUAUGAGACGCAGGCGACUCGGCAACGCGGCACAUGGCCUGAUUACAUCAUGCUCCAGUAUCACUCCCCUCCCUCCCUAGCCCUUUCUUUUUUUUUUUUUCUCUUUCUCAGUUUCUUUCCUCACUCAUUUCUUUCCCCCGCUCUUUCCCAAUCCCCUCUUCGCUGGAGCUCACCUCAUGAUCCGUGCUACCACCUGGAUGGGCGUGCACGCCACUGCCUAUCAGAUUUCAUUAAUGCUGCCUACGGUAUGCCUGUACGUGCUGAAGACCUGCAUCGAGGGACAGAGAGAAACAUCAGCACCCUUACAGACCUCCAUAAUCCCCAUAAUCUGACCUGCUGGAAGGCUUCAGAAGGUUCAGUCACUGGGGACUGGACCUUUACCGUUCCCUUAGGCAGGCGCUUUGAGGUGACAUAUAUCAGCUUACAAUUCUGCCAGCAGGUGGAGCCCACUGAUCCUUUCUCCAUUUCUAUUCUAAAGUCAAUGGACUACGGACGCAGCUGGCGUCCUCUGCAGUUCUACUCCAGUGACUGCAUGGGGAGAUUUGGCCUUCCCGCUCAGUCUGUCGCUCUUAGCAGACACCAGGAGACAGAGUCCCUGUGCUCGGAUCCAAGACCUUUGCAGAAACACCGUGGUGGGGUUGUUUUGGCUUUUUCCACUUUGGAUGGACGUCCUUCCUCUUCUGAUUUUGAAUACAGUCCUGGCCUACAUGACUGGGUGACUGCCACUGAUAUCAGGAUCGUAUUUCAUCAAUCACAGGAUAAAUCAGUCAAGCAAGACAAGAUGCCAGAUGAAGUUGGUGGGGUUCUGAAAUGGCCUGUGAGAUCAUUUGAUGAACUGACUCAGAAUGGAAAGGAAAGAGCAGAGAAUGCAUGGAGCGCUGAGAUAAGGAGACACAGGAAAGGGGAAAACGUAGAAAAAUCUGGAAGAAGAAAUCGCAACAAGAGUUCUUCACAAGAAACUGGACACAAUGUGACCCGCAAACAGAUGGAGACUCAAGAAGGCAGAGGCAAAGGACGAGGCCAUAAGAAAAACACACCUCAAUGGAAGCCAUGCCAGGAUGGUGUAUGCGACUGGAUGAUAGAAAGUCAGGGCCAAGGCUCUAAAAGGAAGGAGUUAAGGAAGCGGAGAAACAAUGCAGCACGUAAAGCGUCUCAUUCCAGAAUAAGAAAUAAAGUCACCCAUCUCCCUUCCCCGUCCUCUCUCUCGAUUCUACCCACACCUCCUCUUGCUCUCUCUGAUAUCCAGGUGGGAGGCAGGUGCAAAUGUAAUGGCCACGCUUCCCGCUGUCGUCGUGAUGACAAAGGUCACGCAGUAUGUCAAUGUGAACAUCACACAGCCGGACCAGACUGUGAUGUCUGCGAGCCGUUUUAUUAUGAUCGUCCUUGGCAACGAGCCACGCCCACCCAGCCACACCCGUGCGUCCCAUGUCAGUGUAAUGGCCACUCUAAUAAGUGCAAGUUCAGUAUGACAGUGUUCCAGCAAUCUGGCCGGGUCAGUGGAGGAGUGUGUUUGAAGUGCAGACACCACACAACAGGACGCCGCUGUCAGUUGUGUCAGAAUGGAUACACCCGUGACCACAGCAAGCCCCUCAACCAUCGCAAGGCCUGCCAACCAUGCCAGUGCCAUCCUCUAGGCGCCGUGGGCCGCGGGUGUAAUCAGUCCACGGGCCAGUGUCUCUGCAGGGACGGAGUUAUGGGAAAAAGAUGUAACCGCUGUGCUCGAGGAUACAAACACGGUCACUCCCCCUUGCGGCCCUGCAUUCGCAUCCCAGAAGCUGCUCCACCAACCCCAGUUUACCAGCCCCAAUAUAGCAUAGCUGAAGAGUGCCUCUCUUAUUGCCAGCCUUCUCAAGCCAAAGUUAAAAUGAAUUUAGAGACAUUCUGCCUCAAAGACUAUGUGCUGAAGGUUCAGGUAAAGGCCAAGGAGCACUCUGGUCCCUGGUGGCAGUUCUCUGUGUGGGUGCAGUCUGUUUUCCGUGUGGGAUUAUCUCAAGUUAAAAGAGGUCUCCAGACCCUCUGGAUUCCUGAUCGUGAUGUCAGCUGUGGCUGCCCCUCCCUCCAAGUGGGCAGGACCUUCCUCUUAAUUGGUGCAGAGGAAAACAGGAGGGGCUGGGCCCCAGGCGAGAGGCGGCUGGUUGCCGAUCGCUCAACCAUGGCCCUGCAAUGGCGAGAACACUGGAAUCCUAAGCUAAGAGGAUUCCGUGGCCAGGACAAUAAGGGAAAAUGCCUUUCACAUACAAACUCGACAACACAGACACACUCUCAUUUACACACACACGAGGAAUACAUCACACCGCAUCUUGAGAAACUCCAGUCCGAGAGGUUGCACAUUCACCAUCAAAUGUCUGCGCAGUCUGAAGAAACUGUCCACGCACAGUCGCACAACAGUACUCCCAACAUACAUAGAGAUGGCACAGAUACGCAGGACUUGCAAAGACAGCUUGGUCAUGAGAGAGACAAAUUCACAAAUGAAGAUACCCAAAAUGUUUUGCAGGAAACAAAGCAUCCUCCAUCCGAUGUAUCUAAUAACCCUCAGGAGAUUUAUACGGCAAGUUUGCCUACAUCGUCACCAGUGCCUUCUGUAACAGAAGGACAGAAGGAAGAAAACACAAUGGAAAUUGAAAGUGCACAAUAAAUAACUAUGGUGGAGUUAGUUUUGCAGUGCACAAUGAAAUAUCAUGUUGUCAGUUUGCUCAAAAGACCUGUACUACUCCAGUCCUACAAUCUAGAAGACAGAGGUUUAGUUUAGCAUGAAUAUAGUGAUAUUUUGAUAAGAACCAGGGUUAACAUAUAUCUGUCUUUAAAAGCAUACGUUAGACUGAGAUGAUUUGGUGUGAUAUUUAAUUUUAUACCAAAGUGCUGUUGAAUUUGUGCAUAUUUUAUAUAACAGCAGAUCGUAUAAGCGUGCCAUAAUUGUUUUUAAACCAUAGAUUAGUAUUAUGUGGAUAUUCUAAAACAUUACAGUUUCACAUCACGGGGCAGACAUUUCACUUCAACUACACCUAAUAGGAAAACUGCUGCUAUUUAACAAAGACAAAAAGUAUAUAGUUAUAAUAUGGUGAAGCUUUCAAUUAGGAGAGUUUAUUCAAUAUUAAUGAAAAGAGUCACUUUUUUUCCCAUCCUGCCAGAGCACAUUUGUUCUCCCUAACAUGAUAAGCUAUAGGAGGUUUGUCUAAUCAACUUCAAAAGAGAGAAAAAAAUAGGGAGAGCAUGAUAAUGAGAGCAACUCUUUAUAGCUGCUAUAAUAUAAGGGAUAACAGGCAUUGAAUUUGUUUUGCAGAUAUUCCAAGCAUUAAAUGUCAUAAAAGUGAA